AUGGUGCAAGAUGCAUUGAUCUACAGGGCACAUGAGGAUCAAUCAAGGUUCUUUCAUGAACCUGAUAAUUCCCUACUGCCACUGACACCUGCGCCGGGGCUGGGGCCCGGGUUUCUGCCGCCAGCUUACUCCCCGCCUAUGAUGUCCAGGGAGCCUACUGCCGAGCAUCUGGGGGUUCCAAAGGAGUCAACAAGAUCAGGAGGACAAAGAACAAGCAGAACUAACUCGAGCGGUAAUAAAUCAAGUCAUACCAGACAGCCCCAGGAAACCGACUUCAUGGCCAUAGUCCGGCAAGCAGCGAACUUGUCGGCCGCAGCAAGUUGUCAGCUCGCCGCACUGGCAGCCGCUCUUCAAGACCCAGUACGAGUAAUACCUCGUCUUCCCACUCCCAAACGCCCCGUUCGAGGAUUAGCAGUCGUUCUAAUGAAGGAACAUUCCCCCGGAGUGCAGUAG